AUGGCAUCUGGCCAUGUCCUCCGGUUCCCCCGGUCAGACAGCGAAGGCGGAUUCGUCGUCAUUCAAGCUACUCCUACACGGGCCAAGGCACUGGAUGUCAAAUUGGUGGGAACUGAUGGCGUGGAGCCCUAUGCCGUUUCUUGUGAGUCGAAUGCUCGUCAUCCCGCUUUCCUGGCCGAAGAUCAUGGCGGCCCGGUGCGUCAAGAUAAAGUCGCUGCGCUCCGAGUCAAGAACAGCCCCUGCACGGAGGACGAAUGGAUCUCCAUUCUGACCGCCGUGUUGCAUCAAGAGCCGGCCAACGACAUCGAGGUGCUCGCCGACGUCGAAAACGAAACAACUCUCACUCUGACUGUUCGGAAAAGGGGAAGAGAGUUUACUCAACGUCUCGGCGCCAUUGAGUUGAGCCACAGCCCACGCGAGCUCAUUGAGCUGUUUGACUGGUGUGGUCUGUCGGCGCAAACGGCCAAUGAGGCCAAGGAAGCUCUAGCUUCUGCAACAGCCAAAGCAAGCCAGCUUGAAGAAUCUGUGCGCGAGCUCAAAGCACAGCUUGACGAGCUAAUCGCGGCCAAGGAGGCUGACGAGUCGGAACUGCUAGAGAAGUUCCGCGACCUAUUGAAUGAGAAGAAGGUCAAGAUCAGACAGCAGCAGAAACUUUUGGCGUCUGCAUCCGUCGAGCCCGACAAGCUAGCGCAGGUACAGAGCUCCCAGGCCGCAGGUAAAGGCCAUGCUGCGGCCAAGUCUAGACCGGCCAAGAGGAAGACCGCCCCCGCUCGCGUCAAUGACGAUAGCUCCUCUGAUGAAGGCUUCGAGAAGAUGGAAGUCGAUCUUGCGAUGGAGCCAGCUCCUGAAGAUUCGGAACAGCAGCGCGACACCACCGAGGACGAGGACGAGACGGCUAGCGAAGACGAUGACGACGAGCCAGCAGCGCCAGCGUCUAGAAAGCAACAGAAUUCUGCGGAAUCUUUACAGCCCAAGGGAAAGCCCGCCGCCGCCAAAAAGGAAGCCCCUCCAGCGAAGAGAGAACUGCCCUUCGCCAGAAAGAAGGGGACUCCAAAAAUAUCACCUCCGCCCGCUGGCAGCGAGACGGAGUCCGACGACGAGCUUUGA